UUUCAUUUGAUUUAGCCCUAAUUUAUCCAUCUCCCUUUUUGGUUCGUCCCUCAGCCUUCUCUUCCUCUCUGCUAUCUCGAUCUGCUCCGUCUCGAUCUCUCACGCUCGAUCUCUCACGCUCGAUCGCCAUUACUUUAGCUCAUCGUAGGCUCUCUCUCUCUCAUCCCUCUCUCUGCACCACCAUUUCUCAGCUGAAGCACUUCUUCCACCUGCGUUUCAGAGGUCGUUUUUCCAUCUGAAAAACCUCCAUCUAAUCGAUCUCAAUCUCCGAUUUCCUUAUGAGGUAACUCUCUUCAUCCUGCCCGUCCCGUCCUUUCUGUUUCAAAGAUUUAUCCGGCGAUAAACAAGACGGAUCCCCUAGUUCAGUCACUAAGUCAAUAGUGCAUCCGGUGAACAUCAUAUUCCCCUUCCCUAACUGGUGUAGCAAGUGAACCCCCAAUUAACGAAAGUACCUCAAUUUAGGGAUUCUCUCUCUUCCCCUUACAGAUCCUACUCAUCCUCUCUCUCUUGGUGUCUAUUAUAUCCAUUGACUUCAAAGCCUCAAUUGCGAUCGCUUCACAUUUCAGGUAGAUCUAUCUAUUUUUGUAGCUUUUACAAAUUGGGUUUCCAGAUUUUAGUUGUUUUGUGUUGCCGGGAAAAUUAUUGUUCUUAGUUUCGUCAAUAAAAUUAUCAAUCAAAAUCCAGGUCGAGGUUGGAGGAUUUGGAUCUUUGAUUUCAACCGCUGAAUUCAAAAAAGGAAGGAUAAAUAAUAAGUUGACAAUGAAAUGAAUGGUUAGUGAAGUGGAAAAAGUGAGUGAACAAAAUACCGAAGCUUCAACUUCAAAAUCAUCCCAACCACCGCCGAAGAAGAGACGGGGUUCGACACGAAUGUCAUAGACGCGAAAACCUUAUUACCUUUAAGGGUUAAUAAGUUUGGACAGCCGAUCGGUCCUGGGAGUGGUACAUAUACUAAUUAUCUGGGAACACUUGCCCGGAAGGGUGAAUUAGCUCCUUUGUGCUACAAAACUUGGUGGGAGAUGCCUAAACGGCUGAAUGAGGAUAUGUGGAACAUUGUAAAGGGAAAAUAUGAUGUGGGAAUCAUGACAAAACAGUGGACAAUAUCCUCCAUCGGAAAAAAAUGGAGGGGGUACAAGUGUGAGUUGAAAAAUGAAUACUACUCAGUUAGGGAUACAGAUGAAGAAAGAUUGGCAAACCCACCACCUAAUGUUGAAAAGGAGCAUUGGGAAUUUUUGGUUAAGCGUUGGGGUACGCCUAUGGCAAAGGAGGUCAGCAAAAAAAAUAAAGAACGUCGUGGGAAGCAGACAAUGAUGCAUACUACAGGGACAAAAAGCUUUGCACGUGUUUCUGCUGAGAUUGAGGAAGACGAAGGUAUUCAGCUUUCUCGUGCAGAUUUAUUCAUCCGCACGCAUGUAAAUAAGGAUGGCAAAGCUACUGAUGCUGCUGCUUCGGAGAUGAUUGAAAACAUAAGAGAACUUCAAAAAAGUUACUCUGACUCGCCUAUUGGCAGCUCCAAUGAUUUGUUCUCCAUUGUGAGAGGAGAAGAGAGAACUGGUCGUGUGCGGAUGCUUGGCUUUGGGCCUACACCAAGCGAUGUUUGGGGGCCUCUCCUACUAAAACUGAAUCGAUUAAUAAUGCUAAAAAAUCUCAGGAGGAGGCACGUUCUACACGUUUAGAGUUGCAGGAGACGAUUUCAAAAAUGCAAGCCGACUAUGACAACAAGUUGGAAAAUUUACGAGCCAACUACGAUGACAAGUUGGAAAAUUUACGAGCCAACUACGAUGACAAGUUGGAAAAUUUGCAACAAUAGGUGGCUAUGCUAAUGCAGAUGCAACAACAAAAUUGUAGUGGACAGGGUAAUUCAAAUCAAAUGGGCAAGAAGACUUGUUGAAGUUGAAGUUGAAGAUGGGGUCGUGGCUGUGCUUUUUGAAUUUCCUUCGCCUUGUUCUUUUUGAAAAACUUGUACUACGUUUGUUAAAAAUUCUUAAUUCUUUUUGUGUGACAUUUAGUACCUUUAUCUAGACAAUUUGGAUGGUAUUUUCAUAUUGGCAGGUUAACUUGUGGUUGUAUUAGUAUACAUUUUUUACUAGCUUAACUUGUGGUGGUAUUAGUAGUCAAUUUUGAUGGUAUUUUUCAUAUUGGCAGGGUUAACUUGUGGUUAUUUGUAAAAACAAUUUGGAUGGUAUUUUUAUAUUGACUUGUGUUAGGAUGCAUUUAGUAGCCGUGAAGAAAUUUUUCUCCAAAAACAAUAAUGGGGAAAAAAAAAAAUUUAAAUAACCCUUUACCAGCGCUUUUCCAAAAAGCGUUGGCAUAGGGGGGAAAAAAAUAUAAAAAAAAAAAUUUCAAAUAAUCCUUUACCAGCGCUUUCCCAAAAGGCGCUGGCAUAGGGGAAAAAAAAAUAUAAUUUUUUUUUUUUUUUUU